AUGGCCACCGACUACAGCAAGAAGACCAACGCCGAGCUUGUGGAGGUCCUCAAAGCCCGCUCCCUGCCACACACUGGGAAAAAGGCUGAGCUGGUUGCCCGUAUUCAGGAGGACGACGAGAAGACGGCUGGAGCUCCCGCCGCAGCUCCCGCCGCAGCCUCGAAGACCGACGCUGCAGAGGAUGUUAUCGACUGGGACGACGAUGUGCCCGCUGAGACCACUGUAACCGAGAAGCCUGCCACGGAGGCAGGUGCUAACGCCAUUGCUGCUGGCGGCAAGGGCGCUGUCGCCAACCCUGUUGCCGUUCCUAACCAGAAACUCGACACUGAUCCCGCUGCCACCGACGACCUGAAGGUGGAAUCCGUCGGCGAGCCCGCACCUGCUGCCGCAGAACCCGUCGCAGAGACCGAGAAGAAGCCUGCAGUUGAUUACACUCGUGGUCUGCCUGCAACGGAACUAGAGGAGGAGUUGCGCAAGCGCAAGGCCCGUGCCGAGAAAUUUGGCAUCAUUGAGGAUACAGAGACUGCAUUGAAGGAGGCUGAGAAGUCGCUCGCACGCGCGAAGCGCUUCGGUACUGCCACCGAAGGUGACAGCGCUGCUAGUGCUAGUGUGAAGGGCCUCGAUCAAGCUCUCCCUGAUGAGAAGUCGCGCAAGCGGGCACGCACUGAGCAGAGUGGCCAGGGUGGUCAAGGUGGUCAGGGUGGUCAGGGUGGUCAAGGUGGCCGAGGUGGUAAACGUCGCGACCACGGUCGCAACCGCAACCGCCGCGGUGGAAACAAUGGAGGAAACAAUGGAGCUAGCGCUUCAAGUGGACAGAAGAACCACAAUGAUAAGGAUAAACUGGCUGCGGAGGCGCGCAAGAAGCGGUUUGCGACUGCGGCUUGA